AAAUUUGGGAAAAAUAUUUUGUGUGAAUAACCAUUAUCCAACUUCAUUUAGUGUAAAAUUGACUUUAUUGGCUGUAUCAGCGUAGGUGUGAGUCUGGCCUUCUGGUUCUGUGUAACAAUUAAGACAACAGUAUGAGCCCUGGAAAAGGGAUUACAAAAAUGCACUACCAAGUCUGUUUUCCUUUGCCUGCAGGCUCCGCUAUUUCAUCAGUGCAGCUGCUGCUUCUGUGGAGAGACAGGAGGAAGUAAAGGCAAUCAGAGAGAGAAGAGCCAGCUCCCAUUUCCCAUUACUCAUAAGACUAGAGGAGCAAUAAACGAGGUGCUAAAGGAACUUUUCCCCACGGUACUAUUGUGCACCAUGGGCUCCAGCAUGGAGAACUCCCACACGCACCUUACACACCCUUGGGUUGACUUCAUGCCUGGAACCUGUAAAACUGCUGCUGUUCAAAAGGUAUAUAACCUGUCCUCCAAACACCUUCCCAAUUGAGCUGAGAGGAUCUGGUGGAGAUGAAGACUGCUCCUGUUAUCUUGCUGGUUGCUGUCCUGUGCGUGGAGCAAGGUUAUCCAUUUAUGUGCUAUGUGUGCCAAGAACAGGAGUCCAACAAGGACUGUUUAACCAUUUCCAUGUGUGCAAAGGAAGACAAAUAUUGUGUGACUGUCCGUGACAAUGUUGGAACAAACUCUGACAAGCCUAAAUAUGUCAUCUCUAAGAUGUGCUCUCCAACGUGUCCAGAAACAAGUCAGCAACAAAACCAAGCCCAUCGGAAUGUUUCAUGCUGUGAGAAGCCAUUGUGCAAUGUGAAUGGAGGCAGCAGCAAGCAGGGCAGCUAUGCAGCGACCUUCCUGGGUGUCCUAGCUAGUAUCACUUACAUUUUUGCCUGUGGACAGUGAUCGGUUAAGAAAAGCACCCUAUGUUGGCAUUAUUGUCUGAAAUAAAAGUGUGUUACACUGGGAUAAUUACUGCUCUCAAGAGCUCAUGACUUGCAGAUGAGCUUCGCUUGGGAUUUUGAAGAGUCUCAGUAAGUUAAACGCUGAACUCCCAUUGAUUUCCUAAUCCUACUUGAAUCUGAAGUGUCUUCAGACAGUCAUGUCAUCUAAGAAAACACGUAAAAGACCCUUUUGACAUGUUCAGGCUUCAAAUAGUUCUGAAGAUAUUCUCGAAGAUAUACUUUUUUUUUGAGUUUUUGAACGCCAUGUAGAAUAGCAAUCCAGAAACACACAUAAUAGUUCAAUAGUUAUGUCAGCCAGUGGAGAAGUUUAGUAUCUUUUUCAGGUCACAAUAUGUUGGUUAACACACAUCAGUUCAUAAACAAGAAAGAAGAGGUAAAUCUUAUUUCUGGCAAUUUCUGGAAAUUCCUUCAGCCUCAAUCGGCAACAAUUUCUGGCUCCCAUGGCUAUUUGCACUUGGAAGGGUAUCAUGAGCAUUUUUCAUCUUCCAGCUCUGAAGUGCAAAUGAGUUUGGAGAAAAGGAAAAGAGGAACAAAUGUGACCUAAAGAGAAGAUGUAAUGUCUGGUAGUGGGGAGAUGGGAGGGAGAAGGAAAUGGUUUGGCAUACACAGACCUGGUCCAGCUGGAAAAGAAAAUGUCUCCAUAUCUAUUUCCCUUUUUUUAUUUUUUCAGGGCCAACCCAACCCAACAGUUAUUGCCAAACCCAGUCAUUUAGAGACUGUGAGAUAGCUUUAAGAAAACCAUGGCUUAGAAAUGAUUGAUUGUGGUGGGCUUUGUUAGAUUCUAGGCUCUUUGCUUCCUCCUCUCCCAGCAAGAGCUGCAGCUGAGGGAGGGAGAAAAGCUCUGUAUGAGGCCUGAAGAUGUCUACAGAGAAGAGGGGCAGGCAGCUAAAGACUAACAUAAAUAGCCCAGAGCUUCCUGGUCAUAACCCCUGCUGCAAGCUCACUUCUCUGGAACGAAAAUAAAAAAGGGAAGAGUUGGCAGCGACACUGGCUCAGCUGUGUUCUGACACCAGGACUCAUCCAAACAAUUCAGAGUCUUUGUUUUGUG